AUGUCUUCCACGCCCAAGGGCUUUUCUCGAAAGGUCUAUUGGGGUCCCUCGAGCAAUGCCGGCGGGCAUCCCAUGGAUCUACACACGCCAAAGGAACCACCUCCUGAGCCCGCCAUGGUCCAGCCCCAGUAUUCUCUCAAGUCUGCUGGUCUGACGACAGCUGGUGAACCAACGACGCUGGAUAUUAGUCCAAAUGUCAAGGAACACCUCUACCGCGUCUUCUUCGAGCACAUGCAGCCAGUAUUUCCCGUUGUCACCCAGGCAAGUCUGCGAUACUUCCCCGUCACCCCGUUGCUGGAAAGCGUUAUACUUGGCAUAGCAGCACGUCAUCAUCUUGCCAUUGCUUCUUGGAGAGACUACGGUCACAUACAAAGAGUCAUUGCUCAUGAGCUCAAGGCCCUCUUCAGCACGCGGCAACGAUAUCAGCCCAAGAUCCAAACCGUACAAGCACUCCUGCUGGCUUUGACAAAGAUUGAACUCGUAACGCACGGUCACGGUGACAUGAUGUCCACGGGACUUAGACUUGGACUCCUUUGCAAGAUGGCCAGGGAUUUAGGCCUGGACAAGGCAUCCUUUUCUGCGACAACCGAUCGUGACCUUCUCAACGUCGCGGUAUGGAAGGGCUGCCUAUUUGAGGAUGCAGUUCUUUCUGCCACGCUGGGCCAACCCCUCAAUAUUGUCGUCUCGCCCGAAGAUAUCAUGGAGGCUCCAACCAACACCGGCAUCUCAGAAGGUACCUUUUUCGGUGACGCUGUGGACGCUUCUCACUGUCUCCGAUCAUUGCUGAGAGUGGUCUAUGCGAGCCAACCUGUCGAUACCGAUAUCAUCCAGAACUGCGAACAGGUCCUCAAACAGAUACAUCGUUAUGGGAUGUACUUGGGUUUCCGACAAAGACACCAUUCCGAAAGCGAAUAUCAAGCGCUUUGCAUGUUACACCAUAACAACAGACUACUUUUUGUCCUCGGGCUUGCGUCCUUGACAAAUACGUCAAGCCACCGCAAAGAACUUUCCAUCAUCCUGGCACAGGAAGCUACUUCGAUUAUUCCAGAAGCCUGUCAGACGCUAAUGUGGUUCAACGUUGAAUUUUAUCUCCAGAUGGGUUGUCGACUAAAUCAAUUGCUAUACUGUGCUUCAAGAGCCUUGAUGCUUGUUGUCGAUGUCCUUCUUGAGGCUCGAAGGACACAUAGUUCUUCCAAGGACUUUAUCCAGGAGCUCGAGAACGCUGUCAUUUCAGCUACAUCAUUGAAGGACUUUUUACUCAAAGACACCUCAUGGGGAUCACACUGGUCCCAGGGCCAUACACUUGCAGCUGUCCUUGCUCGGCUUCGACAAACGAAUUGUCACAGCCGGCAAAUACCGGUUGAGUUGAAGAACGUUAUGCGUCUUCGAUCACUUGACCAGACCGAAAUUAGCGACACCGGGACCUUCGGCACUGUUCGAAAUGCCGAUGAGUUCUUCUUCGACGACGAAUUCCUCAACAAUCUCCUUUUCAACUCUACAGACUGGGAUGCUGUGCUGAUGCAAUACGAGAGCUAUCCUCAGCCCAUUUGGUGA